CGCAUGCGCGCGCAACCGUCUCUGCGUUCGGAAAUUACGCAACCGUUGCGUUCGAACUUCGAAAUUUAAACAGUGAACUUUUUAAUUUGUGCCAGUAAUGUCGCAGUACGCUUCAGUUGUGGUGUUUUUGAGCCUGGUGGUGUCGUUGUUAGGGGAGCAUGCUUUGCCUGACACGUUCCUGAGAUGCCGACAGACAGACAAGAAGAUCAACGAGUGCCUGAAAACAGCAGUUCCUGAUGCACUACGGAAAAUGAAAAAGGGCAUCCCCUCCCUCUCCGUGCCCCCCCUGGAGCCCCUGCUGGUGUCCUCCAUGCGCGUGCAGUCCGGCGCCGGGCCCGUGUCCCUCACGCAGAGCUACAGCCGCGUGCAGCUGCACGGGCUCACUGACUCCGUGCUCACUACGUACAAGGCGGAUCUAAAGCACAUGCGCCUGCGCACGGACUCGCGCACGCCCAAGAUGGAGUUCAUCGCCGACUACGUGAUGCGCGGCCGCAUCCUCGUGCUGCCCAUCCAGGGGAAGGGCGUCGCUAACAUCACCAUGGUAAAUUUGCUGGUGAAACACGACCUGAUUGGCGAGCCAGUGCAGCGUGAUGGACAGACCUUCAUGCACAUCAAAGACUACAAAGUGAAGUUCAUCCCAGAAAAGGUCAUUUUGAGCUUCACGAAUCUCUUCAAUGGGGACAAGCGGUUGGGCGACCAAAUGAACUUAUUUUUAAACGAAAACUCCGAAUUGGUCUUCAACGAACUGAAGGACUCGUAUCAGAAAAGCCUAAGUUCAGUAUUUCAGGAUGUCACCAACAAAAUCUUCGACAAAGUCCCCAUGAACAAAAUAUUCCCAGAACAAGACUAACAAUACAAAAUAUUUAUAAAAAAACAAACUAGCACCUAAGUAAAGUUUUUGGUAUCCAGUUAAUUAAAUACCGACAUAAUAUUAGGCUAGAUAUUUACAGAAUAUAGUACAUAUUCUUGUAUUUAUUUAAAAUGCUUUAACUAGAGUUUAUUGUAAAUAGCUUACUUUAAGUAUGAAUAAAUCAUAAAGCUGUGAA